UCUUGAUCCAAGACACGCACACCAAACCAUCUCCAAAGACUCCUAUUUUCCCACGACGGCAGAGAUGUCUUCACGUCAGAAGUGCGAUAAAAAGCAGGUUGCAGAUGCGCAGUCACUUCCCUCAAAAGACAUGGACCGUUUGCCUGAGAACUUUGGCCCAGUCUUCUUCCAAAAUCAGUUCCGGACCAAAAUCGAGCUACCAGCUAGAGAAAAGUAUCCGGGAGUGGAGGGUAAAUGUGCCAUCGUCACGGGAUCCAACACUGGGCUGGGCUUUGAAUCAGCCAAGCAACUCCUGUCUCUUGGCCUGUCGCAUCUGGUGUUGGGUGUGAGAUCACUCGAAAAAGGCGAGCAAGCUGCUUCCAAGCUUCGUCUUGUCAACACUAGUGCGAAGGUUGACGUCUAUCAGCUGGACAUGGAAUCAUAUGAAUCUAUCCAAGCCUUUGCCCGCAAGUGCCAAGAGGACCUUUCACACAUCGAUAUCGUCAUCCUGAAUGCCGGCCUCUCCCCCCUGCAAUUUGCCAUCAUUCCCGGAACGGGCCAUGAGAAGACCAUACAGGUCAAUCACAUCAGCACAGUACUUUUGACUCUUCUCUUUCUUCCAGUCUUGAAGAAUAAGUCAAAGGGCCCAGAACCGCCGCGAAUUACCAUCGUCAACUCUGUCAUGGCUCAUCUAUGCAAGGUGUCCAAUAAAAGCCAACGACCAUUUCUGCCCUCGUUCGACGAUACAUCUAUCAUUCCAUGGAACCCCGAGGAGAGAUAUGGUGUGUCUAAACUGCUUCUUCAGCUUUUCAUCGUCAAACUUGCCGACCACGUCAGUCCAAACGACGUUAUCAUCAACAUGGUCGACCCAGGCCUCACCAAAGGCACAGAACUGGCACGAGGUGUCAAGGGAGCCACUGCCAUUGCCGCAAAGAUGUUCUUCUCCAUUGCAGGAAGGCCCGUGGAAAGAGGAGCGGCAACCUACAUCGACGCUGCUUUGGGACAUGGUAAAGAGUCUCACGGUUGCUUCCUCAUGAACUGCAGAAUUGCUCCUCUAGCUCGCUGGUACUACACUGACGGAGAAGUGCUGACGGAUCUGAUCUGGACUGAGACGCUCCAAGAACUCAGUUUCGCUGAUGUUCAGCAGAUUAUAAAAUCUACACACUAA